AUGUGGACAGUUUCAUUAGAAGGUGGUCCUCGUCGUGUUAACCAUGCGGCUGUGGCCAUAGGAGACAACAUCUAUUCUUUUGGAGGAUAUUGCAGUGGAGAGCCUAUGGAUGCUGAAAAUCCAAUCGAUAUCCAUGUGUUAAACGCAAGAACUUAUCGAUGGCGUCUUCUCAAGGCUAGAGAACCUGAUUACGGAGUUAAUUCCGACAGUUCCAUUCAAGACGGUGACGUUGAGAAUAGUGUACACGACGAAGAAACAGGCAAUUACGGUUAUUCAUCAUUCCCAUAUCAGAGGUAUGGUCAUACGGUUGUAGUUUACAAAGAUAAAGCAUACUUAUGGGGAGGACGUAAUGAUGAGUCUGGAGCUAUCAAUGUCCUUCAUGAAUUUGAUCCAAAAACUUUGACUUGGAGAAUAGUCCCAGUGACCGGAACUGUCCCUCCAGCUCGAGAUGGUCAUUCAGCUAUUGUUGUUGGAGACAAGAUGUAUAUGUUCGGAGGCUUCGAAGAAGAUGCUCAGAGGUUCAGUCAGGAAACAUAUGUUUACGACUUCGAAACUUCACACUGGUCGAAGAUGAGGACAAACGGUUUCCCCCCUCUAUGGCGUGAUUUCCAUACUGCUGUAGGAAUAGGCAACAUGAUGUAUGUUUUCGGAGGACGAAGUGAUCAAAUGGGACAGUAUCAUUCUACUAGGGAUGUCUAUUGUGAUCGCUUGAAAGCAUUAGAUCUUUCAACUGGUGAAUGGGUCGAGCCUGUUGUCAAGGGCGACAGACCGUCCGGUAGACGCAGCCAUUCAGCUUGGGCCUAUAACGGCAAGAUGUACAUAUUCGGUGGAUUUUUAGGAACAAAGAACGAACAUUACAAUGAUUUGUAUUGCUAUGAUCCAGCCACUUGUUCCUGGUCCAAAAUCAAGGCCCCCGGUUUAUUAGUCGCUCCAAGUCCUCGAAGACGUCAAUGUACUGUCGUCGUAGGCGAUCGUGUAUUCCUUUUCGGCGGUACAAUGCCACUCACCGGACAAACAACAGGUCUAGUAGAUUUGUCUGAUUUACACGUUUUCGAUUAUGCUCCUAGUCUAUUCCUGAUUUCUGCUCAAUCACUCAUCCGAAGUGGAAUGAGCAACUCUGCCCAACCAUACUUACCGCGGGAUAUAAUCCAACAAAUUCGAUUAUUAACAACGAACAACACAAUUUCUAAUCCACCUGUAACCCGGCACGAGGUAUCUCAUCUUAUGGGUUUUUACUUGGCAGUAGCUUCAGCUUUCUUACCCUUCUCAUAUGUAGGAUUUUUACAUCUAGCUGACAAAGAUGGAACAAACAGGAAUGAUCCUGGUUCUGUCAAGAAGCGCUGCAUCGGUGCCAUAGCUUGUUGCAUAUUUUCAUUAUUUAUUACUUAUGUUAUUUUGAAACACACGGGUUUUGAUGCUCCAUGGAGUUUAAUGGGCUUUCGUAAAGCUGGAUUAUUCAAUGCUCUACUAUAUCCUACUAUUUUGAUCAAUCUUCUGUAUGCGGGUCAAUGGCUUUUCUUCCAUUACGAGGGAUAUUUCAACAGUUUUUUCAGUUAUCGGAAUUGGAAAAACAGCUUUGAAGAUGUUUGCUGGCUACGCGAUGCUUUCUUGGCUCCCGUCACUGAAGAAAUAACUUUCCGAGCCUGCUCAUCAGUUCUUUUAGAUUGUUAUUUUUCAAAUAUAACUAAAACAGUUGCCGUGGCUCCUCUGUUUUUUGCAUUUAGUCAUCUUCAUCAUAUUGGAGAUGAUGUAAGACGAGGCUUGUCAUUGCAAAGAGCUUUGUUAAGAAGAGGCUUUCAAUGUUUGUACACAUAUGUUUUCGGACUCUAUUCAACAUAUCUAUUCCUGUCAACUCGUCAAAUAGUCGCCCCAAUCAUCACACACUCAAUCUGCAAUACUUUCGGUUUACCUCUUCUAUCUGAAAUCAAUACGUUCCCUGACGCUUCUACAAGAUUGAAACUAUGGAUUGUAUUCAUCGGAGGUAUGCUAUCUUUCAUCGUGGCAUUUAAGCCUUUGACAAACUCUCAUCUAUAUCAAUGA